GGUAUGACUUGAUUUAUUCAUCCAAGAUGUCAGCGCCCAUGUGGCAUGGAGACUAUUUUAAUUUUUUAAGAUGAAAUCAAAAUGAUGGAAGAGGAAAUUUGAUCUACCAUUGAGAUAUGACUUGUCAAGAACAACAAGAGGAGGAGCUAGAGGUUCUUCUGUCUAUUUAUGAAGGAGACGAUAAUUUCAAACAAGUCAGCCCUACGACAUUUCAGUAUAAGUAUGGGGAGGACGGAUCGUAUCGAGCCUUCAAUGUGGAAUUGGUGUGGCGGGAGGACUACCCAGAAACGGAACCUCUAGUCAAUGUGGACACCUUCUACAACAAACACAUAUUUGAGGAAGUGAAGAGGAAGAUCAUGGAAAAGAUACAGGAACAGGUUCCAGACCUACUGGGCUGUGCUAUGACCUACACUCUGUUCGAGUUGGUCAAGGAAAAUUAUGACGAUGUUAUAGCAGAGCAGCCUGAAACACAGCCGGUCAACCAGGUAUCAAAUGAUGAAAAGUGUUCCGUUCCGGAAGUGGCCAAGAAAAAGGAGAAGAAAGAACAGUUAACGAAAAACCAGAAACGUAAAUUGUUCGAUCGUCUUGAUGCCACGGGAGAAAAACCGCGGGGGUGGGACUGGGUGGAUGUGAUACGUCAUCUGUCACAGAGUGGGUCUCAAAACGGCUAAUCAGGCGCAGCAAUACACACGGGGAGGGAGGAUACACACGGGGAUUGUGGGACGACACACACUGGAGGGAGGGGGGGGGGGGGGUACACACAGGGGAAAAAGUGGACGGGGAUGAAACCAUGAUUUGGGGACGCUGAAAUUCUUAUGGAAUUUAUUGGGGGGUGGGUGUUGGGUAAUAAAGCCAUGCCAUUACUUGAAUAUAUAUGGUGCACAAAGAAGAUGUUGUAUAGUGUAUAAAGCUUGAACAGUGAAAUAGUGAUGUGAAAUUAAUUAAACUAUGAAUAAAAGCAAUUAAUCAGUACAUGCAAAUAUACACCGCAUUUUUUAAUAUUUUUUUUCCUGUGCAUGCUGUCAUUAAGUGUCAUAGCACAUUCUAAGUUUUCAGAUCUAACUUGCAAUGUAUGUUGACUCAGUUUUGACAAUACAAGAAAUCGGGAGGUGUUUGAAAUGGCGUAAAUAUUCCUAAACAUGUAUAUUUAUUUUGUGAUUGCAUUAUGUUCCCCGUUACAUGUCUUCGUACAUGAAUAAAUACUUGUUAUAACAA